UUGAACGCUAUCAGGUCGAUUGCCUCUGUCAUUCUCGGAGAUGCCUCUGCUCAGACACCCGGGGUACCGGAAACUAGUGUCGCAGCGGGGUCGGAAAUGCCGGCGGCUCGUAAGCACCCGAGGGUUAGCCGGUACGAAUCGAUGUUGGUGAAUCUGUCGCCGGCUCGAUCAUUCGUGGAUGGCGUUCAAUGUCGUCUCUCGCUCCGACCUGUGACCUGGCCAUUAGCAGUAAAGGGCCCCGACCUGGCUCCAGCACAGCCAAGUCGGGGGCAAUGGAUAAAUAUACAAAAAUAAAAUAUACAGGAAAACGAAAGUGUUCAAGGAAAAGC